AUGGCCGCGGCCAUGGGAUUCUCCUCGUUUGGCGCCCAAAAUCCUCCGAGCAGGAAGCGCAAAUACAACCCCAACAACGAUGCUGUUGUUUCCGUUGACAAUCUUCAGCGUCACGGAACUGGCGCAAACUCUGCGCCUGUGGGGGAACGCCGGGCACCCCCUGCUAAUGCCGACGAGAUUGCCCUGGACGACGAAGUCGACGAUGACAGCGCAAAUAAUAACGGCGAGGCUGCCGCUGUAGGAGAAGCUGAAGGUGUCUCUGCCUAUGCUGCUGGCGGCUCCUCGCACGGUAUCGGCGCCGGAAUCGCGGGUCUGCCCCAGCGCCCAGCCCCUGCUCAUGGCGGCUUUGCUGGCAAUCAGCAUCGGCGAGGCGGCGCGCCACGACAAGCUUCAGGCGGUCACCAUGGCAUCAACAAGCUGUGGUAUGAAGACUACUACGAUCACUUCUCGAAUGAGAAUCCUUGGGCGAAACUCGAAGAGGCAGCUGGCCUGCAACCGAUUUCGACAUGGUUCCCGGUCCACACGAGCAAGGAAGAGGUUCACCAAGCGCGAGCGGCUUGA